UGUGAACUUGGAGCCUGGCGGCGCGAGGCUUUUGCUGAGGAUGCGGCGGCAGCUGCUUCCUGGUUUGAAGCCGGCCGAGUGGGGGAGAGCGUGAGCCCGCGGAGGCGGGGGUAGGAGCAGAAGCCGGAGAGGCGGAGGCAGGAGACGCUUCGGGCUUGAGCUAACCGGACGAGUCGCUCCGGCUCUCCGGGGAGAGGCGCUUCUCGGCCCUGGAGAAGGGGCGAGACCUAUACGAGCCCACGGGAGGCGCCGCGCGCUCGAGAGGGACGAUCGGGCGACCCCGGCCCGCUGAGGGCUCGGCGCCCGGCUCCCCUCCUUUCCACCUCGCGAGGGAGGGAGGGAGGGAAGGAGGGGAGGGAAGGUCCGGUGGAGGAGGCAGAAUGGCCAGUCGCGGGGGGCUUGGGCGCUACUUUUCCCGGGAGCUGCCUCCACUCCUGCGGCCGCCGAGAGGGCUGGCCUGAGCGAGGGCUCCCCGCUCUCCCGCUGUGAGCCCGCGAGGUCCCCCAGGGCCGGGGCAGCGGCGCCGGCAUGUCGUCCGGCACCAUGAAGUUCAACGGCUACUUGAGGGUCCGCAUUGGCGAGGCGGUGGGGCUGCAGCCCACCCGCUGGUCCCUGCGCCACUCACUCUUCAAAAAGGGCUAUCAGCUGCUGGACCCCUACCUGACCGUGAGCGUGGACCAAGUACGCGUGGGCCAGACCAGCACCAAGCAGAAGACCAACAAACCCACGUACAAUGAGGAGUUCUGUGCCAACGUCACUGAUGGUGGCUACCUGGAGCUGGCUGUCUUCCACGAGACGCCCCUGGGCUACGACCACUUUGUGGCCAACUGCACCUUGCAAUUCCAGGAGCUGCUGCGCACUGCCGGCGCCUCGGACACCUUCGAGGGCUGGGUGGAUCUGGAGCCAGAAGGGAAAGUAUUUGUCGUAAUAACCCUAACAGGGAGUUUCACUGAAGCUACUCUCCAGAGAGACCGAAUCUUCAAACAUUUUACCAGGAAGCGCCAAAGGGCUAUGCGAAGGAGAGUCCACCAGAUCAACGGACACAAGUUCAUGGCCACGUACCUGAGGCAGCCCACCUACUGCUCUCACUGCAGGGAGUUUAUCUGGGGAGUAUUUGGGAAACAGGGUUAUCAAUGCCAAGUGUGCACCUGUGUUGUCCAUAAGCGCUGCCAUCAUCUAAUUGUUACAGCCUGCACUUGCCAAAACAAUAUUAACAAAGUGGAUUCAAAGAUUGCUGAGCAGAGGUUCGGAAUCAACAUCCCACACAAGUUCAGUGUCCACAACUACAAAGUGCCAACAUUCUGUGAUCACUGCGGCUCCCUGCUCUGGGGGAUAAUGCGACAAGGACUUCAGUGUAAAAUAUGUAAAAUGAAUGUACACAUUCGGUGUCAGGCAAACGUGGCCCCGAACUGCGGAGUAAACGCGGUGGAGUUAGCCAAGACUCUGGCGGGAAUGGGCCUCCAACCCGGAAAUAUUUCUCCAACCUCGAAGCUUGUUUCCAGAUCGACCCUAAGACGGCAGGGAAAGGAAAGCACCAAAGAAGGAAAUGGCAUUGGGGUUAAUUCUUCCAACCGACUUGGGAUUGACAACUUUGAAUUCAUCCGAGUGUUGGGGAAGGGCAGCUUUGGGAAGGUGAUGCUUGCAAGAAUAAAAGAAACAGGAGACCUCUAUGCCGUCAAGGUGCUAAAGAAGGACGUUAUCCUGCAGGAUGACGACGUGGAGUGCACAAUGACAGAGAAAAGGAUCCUGUCCUUGGCCCGCAAUCACCCUUUCCUCACCCAGUUGUUCUGCUGCUUUCAGAGCCCUGAUCGUCUGUUUUUUGUGAUGGAGUUUGUGAAUGGGGGAGACUUGAUGUUUCACAUUCAGAAGUCACGGCGUUUUGAGGAAGCACGAGCUCGUUUCUAUGCUGCAGAAAUCAUUUCAGCACUUAUGUUCCUGCACGACAAAGGCAUCAUCUACAGAGAUCUGAAGCUGGACAACGUGCUGUUGGACCAUGAAGGUCACUGUAAACUUGCAGACUUUGGGAUGUGCAAGGAGGGGAUCUGUAACGGGGUCACCACGGCAACCUUCUGUGGCACGCCCGACUACAUUGCUCCAGAGAUCCUCCAGGAAAUGCUGUACGGGCCCGCAGUAGACUGGUGGGCGAUGGGCGUGCUGCUGUACGAGAUGCUCUGCGGCCAUGCGCCCUUUGAGGCUGAGAAUGAAGACGACCUCUUUGAGGCCAUACUGAAUGAUGAAGUGGUCUACCCCACCUGGCUCCAUGAAGAUGCCGCCGGGAUCCUGAAAUCUUUCAUGACCAAGAACCCCACCAUGCGCCUGGGCAGCCCGAGUCAGGGCGGUGAGCAUGCCAUCCUGAGACAUCCUUUCUUUAAGGAAAUCGACUGGGCCCAACUAAACCAUCGCCAAGUAGAACCACCAUUCAGACCCAGAAUCGAAGGCCUGAUGCGAAGUGGUACCUCAGUGCAGUGGAGCGGGGGACCAACCAGCCAGCUGCGUCAGAAAUCCCGAGAAGACGUCAGUAAUUUUGACCCUGACUUCAUCAAGGAAGAACCGGUUUUAACUCCAAUCGAUGAGGGACAUCUUCCUAUGAUCAACCAGGAUGAGUUUAGAAACUUUUCCUUUGUCUCUCCAGAAUUGCACCCAUAACCUUAUGCAGAGUGGGAGAGAUGGUAUGAGAAUCAAAAGGGGAUGGAGAUUUUCCAGAAGUUUCCUGUGUGGGCACGUCCCCAGGAUCAGCCUUAGAACAAGAACCUGACCUUCGGGGGGCAGGUGGAGAACUCUGUGAAGGACGGAACUUCAAGAGAUCAACUAUUUGAAGUCCCAUGGGAUCGCGGUGCUGGCAAAGAGUUGAUACCGACAUGAGAUGUCAUGAGGAAAUUCACUGCUCAGCCCGUGCAUUUCCAUGGCUCCUUCAGACUUGAGAUAUUAACAGUUGGAGCCAAAAGGAGAAAGGGUGUGAAGAAUAAACUAGAUCCCAGAACUUCUGAGCCAAUCAGGCGUUUUAUUUCAAGAGACAAACCUAGACGUUUUAGGGACCACUGCAAGCUGUUUUAUAAGCCCAUGAGCCCAUAAUACUGGCAGUCUGCAGCAAGUCUCGAAAUGCUUGUGAAGAACUUACAGAGAAAGAAAUGAAGAGCUUUCCAAAUAGGAUGAUUUACUCUGAAGAAACAAAAACUGAUAUCCAUAAAGCUCACAACUUAAAGCCCUCUCUUAACAGAUGGGCACCCAGGCCACUGCUACAGCUUAUUCUUUUAUCCUUACUUUCACUUAAUAGAUAUUUAUUGAGUGCCCAGUGAGAUGGUGCCACAAUACCCAGUAGCAUAAACAACAGAUUUGUGUUCACCAAGCUUUCAUUCCUAAGUUACAUGAAUGGCAUUUGCCUUCCAUGAAAUGCCUCUCCAUGCUACAUAUGUCAUACUUUGUCUGCACCUAGCUUUUCCCAUUAGGCAGCUCACUGCCACAACACAACUAUCUGCGUAAUCAGCAGGUGAGCUCAGGUGCUUGCUGACUUGCGGAAUCUUGUCGUGGGCGAUGUGUUCAUGCCGCUCUGGACUCAGUGAAGAACCGCUUGUGCUGAUGAGCAGACUUACCACUUAUACCUUAGCAGUUUAUUUAAAUUAUGUUUUGAGAGAUAAACUUGUCUGUUUGAUAUGCAUUUUAAUAAUUAGAAAUGGCUCUUGUAAGCAGGACAUUUAUCAAAGAAGGACCUGCUAUGCCUGUGUAUGCAGUUGGAGAAUUUUAUCUGGCUGAAAUAAACGCAUUUUGUAACAAAA